UUGUCGCAUACGAAAACGCCUUCCACAUGCCGCCCCAGCCGAUGGAUGCGGCGACCGACAAGAAGGCGCGCCGCCGCGUGUACUUCAAGACGAUGCGGCAGAUGUACCGAAAUGAAGAGAAGCAGGAGAAGGAGUAUUUGAUCAAGAAGAUCCAGGAAUUGGAGAAUGAUCUCGCGACGCUUGUGCUGUUGCAGAAGUCUGGCUCCGACGAGAGCAAAACUGCGCUACCUUGGAAGGACAUUGCUCAAGAGCUGAACGAAGGUGUCAAAGUUGCGUCUUCCGGGUUGAAAAUGCUAAAGACGCAGGUCGAAACGAUUGCGACACAGGUGUGGGCAAUGAAGAAGUGGGUGGUAGCCAACUCCGUGUUGAAAAGCGGACUGGACAGUCGCGUGCCAACAUGGCGUGAUGUAACUUUGUUGGCGCAUCCUACGUCUCGACGCCUUGGAAAGGAGUGGAUCACGUUGCAGAUGUACCACAACACCGAUCGCAUCUUCCAGCAGUAUGGAUUUCCAGCACUUGAUUCUCCCGAAACGAUCGAUUGGGACACCGAAUCGAUCAACAUAGACGGUGGAGACUACACAGUGUAUCGUCGCCAGGCCAAGAUGGCCGAGUCACUGGAGGAUGCAAUUGCUUUUGUCGACUCGACGCUGCUCUCCAUCCAAGCAUCGUACGCUGAGCAACAUGCCAUCUCGCAGACGGUGGUCGAGAUCGAAGGCAACACAAAGCAGUUUGCGAUCGUGACGCCCCGGCAGGAGUUUGUCAACCUCCUCUGCGGAGAGUUUAGCACGCCCAGCCGGUGCGUGUUCGUGCUGCAACAGAUUCUGGACGACGAAGCUUGUCCGCAUCGAGGUUUUCGGCAGCGGAACCGCAUGUUCUGGCAUGACGUCCAGGAACUCCCGAGCGGCCGCACAGUCGUGCGCAGUGUUGCAAUCCACACGCUGUGCUACACAAAGGAAGGAUCGAUCGCGAUUGACGAGAACUCGCAAGUGCUCGAAGUCAAUAUCAACGGAUGUCCCUACAUGAACACAAGGAAGCCUCGAUUUCCGAGCUGGUGACCCAAGCUUUCGUAGCGUGAGGUUGUAUGCAGGAGCAGUAAGGUGGACGGCCGGUCGAACACAUUGUGCAGGGUUGUAUUUACGUCAGUCACGAGCAUGCAUCUCGUCUCCACCCAAACCACCUCACACUCCUACGUUGUUGUGCCUCACUUCUUGUUUUUGUCGAGAAUCUUCUUGUUCCACGACUCUGCAUCGUCGAAUUCGUCCUGCUUUGGCUUGGAGUACUCGUACGCAACAAGGGCGAUACCUCCAGCUAGGGCCCAUGCAGCCAACCUAGUCCAUCAUGGGUGACCCUGCAUGGAAACCUCUAACGAGCAAUCGACGUACUUGAAUGCUGACGACUGCUGUGAUCCCCACAAUUGCUUCACCUUGUCCACAAUCGCCAUCGUUGCUUUGGUC